AUGACGCUGGAGCUGCAGGCGGUAGGCGGAACUAUCAAUCAGCUGCAGCGUGGGAGCCCAAGCCUUUGCUGCUCCCAGGACGGAAUACGGUGCCGAGAUGGCGAGGGCGAAAAAACCUUAAUCGAAUUUGCCGUGCAGCAAUCGCAGACUAUGACGGCCGAGGCCAGUGACGAGACAGAGAAUUGCGGUGCGGCCCUCGAUCCUUGGCCCAGCCCCAAGGGUGUGCGCUAG